UGAAUGUUUUAUAAUCAAUUCAACACUGGAACAGCAUCCCAUCCAGCUCAAGCCAGUCCUUGAUAAUAUUCAGUCAAACGUAAUAUAUAACCCUUCCUCCCGUUGUGAUCAAGACAUCCACCCACUCCAUCAGACUCUCAACGCUAGUAACACUGUUUAUAAGGCCCCUCCGUCAAUCGCCGCUGUCGAUCAUGGUUGCCAACAAAGCAUUCAUCUACAAGAAGAUCCCCAGUGGUUGGCCGGUCCCUGGAGAAGAUUUGACCGUCGAAGACCUUGGUUUCGACGAGAAUGCUCCGCCCCCCAAGAAGGGCUUCACUACCAAAAACUUUUAUGCAGCCUACGACCCGUCCCAGAGAGGGCGGAUGCGAGAUCCCGCGGCCAAAUCCUACUCGCCAGCCAUGAUAACUGGCGAGCCUGUGGUUUCAGUCAGUGUGAUCGGCAAGGUCUUGAAAAGUGACACGGAAAAGGUCAAGCCAGGCGAUACUGUCUUGUUGUGGGCAAGCUACACUGAGUCGUACUCGCGAGUCCAAGAGGCCAACGUUAACAGCACCAAGGUGAUUGACCCUAAGCCUGGCGUGCCUCUGACCGCCUAUCUCGGCUUGCUUGGUAUGACCGGAAUGACUGCCUACGGUUCUCUACACGAAAUUGGCCAGCCUAAAAAAGGCGAAGUCAUUCUCAUCUCGGCCGCAGCCGGCGCUGUUGGUCAGAUGGUCGGCCAGAUUGCCGUGCGCGAGGGCUUGCAUGUUAUUGGCUCUGUGGGUGACGACAAGAAGCUCGACUUUAUCACAAACACUCUAGGCUUCCAUGCCGGUUUCAAUUACAAGAAGGAAGAUCUCAAAUCCGCUAUUGCACGACUCGCCCCCAACGGCAUCGAUAUUUACUACGACAAUGUUGGCGGCGAGCUGCUCGACGUCGCUAUCCAGAACAUGAACGAUUUCGGCCGCAUUGUUGCCUGCGGCUCCAUCAGCACUUACAACAACACCUCUCCUGAGGCCAACUAUGGCAUCAAACACUAUUCCCAAGUCGUCCGACGCCGCCUAAAAUGGCAAGGUUUCCUUGUCUUUGAUCCCAACAUUGUAAAAUGGCAGCAAGAGCGGGAUGAAAGGAUCAGCCAAUGGAUUGCAGAUGGUAGCUUCAAGUCCAUCGACCACGUCACUGACGGAAUGGAUAAUGCCAUUGAGGGCUUCCUGGGCAUGCUGAAAGGAGAAAAUUUGGGCAAGAGUAUCUUGAAGAUUGCCGAUCCAGAAUAGAGCACUAAUAUAUGGUCUCUGGUCUCGUGAGGUUUGAACUUUAUAUGUAAAUGCUUCCUUGUUGCAAAUGUACCAUGGCUUCCUCUUCCAUCACACACAGAUAUCACUUGGAGCAUUGGAGUGUGCUUUCCG